AUGGAGCAGCAGGUCGUCGCGGUGCACUACCAGCGGAUGGAGGAGUGGCUGGGGGACCGCAAGGCGGUGCUGGGGAAGCGGCACAAGAAGGAGUUCGCGCGUCUCAUGGAGCUGGCGCCGAGGCUGGUGCAGUGGGUGCGCUACGACAUCCCGGCGCAGCACAAGCAGCAGAAGAGGCUUUCCGCUGCGCUCGAUGACGCCCAUCGGGCCAUCGAGGACGCCGCUAAGGCGCGACAAAAUAUUGAGGAGAGAGAGAAGCGGUUUGUUCAGGAGUACGGUCUCGAGGAAGCACGGGGCGCAGCGGAGGAGGAGCUGGAGUCAGCGGUUGAAGGCAUGGUGGCCGCCAGCACAAUUCUUCUCAACGAGGCGCUUAGGGAAUUUGGGAGGAGCGCCCACCUCGAGGCGUUUCGCGCGGCUUAUGCUCGCGUUGCGCAGAUGCAUUCCAUGGGAAUGCACAGCAGUGACGUCUUUGCGGUGCACUUCCCUUGGUUGGAAAGGGUUUACCAGCAAAAAUCCUGCAAGCCGCCGGCAGAGCCCCAGAGUGGCGAGCAACAACGGCGGCAGCAGGAGGUGGAGAAGGAAGUCGAGGCAACCGCAGGGCCCCACAACAUUGAUUGGGGCGAGUUCGACCCCGCCGAGCCGAUCGACGUUGACGCGGCGGUAGAAAUCAAGUGGGAUGGGGAGACCCUUUCCAUAGCUGCCGAGGGUGCGACGGGUGCCGACCACAGCGGUGGUGGAGAUGGUGGUGCGGCGGAGGAGGGCUGCGAGGAAAACGUGGCGGAUAACGUGGAGGGCGUGACCUUCGUCGACGUCUCCAUCUCCACCCACCGACACAACAUAUUGACUGAGCUGCAGGCUCUACUUUGUUUUGCCUCGGAGCGAGCUUCUAUGGACGAUGAUUCGCUUGUCGACGAUGGUGUGGCAGUGGACUCUCUUGUUAAGCGACUAACAACCUCGACGGAGGCGUCUUUUGUGCGUCUGAAGACAAGUCCUACGCUGCGCCAUUCCUUCAUGGAGGAGUUGCGGCGGUUUCGACGGGGGCUUGCGGCUGCAGAUUUGCGAAAGCACAACAGUCAAGCUAGGGUGCAGCAGCUAGAGGAGGAGCUUGAGCGGCUGGGACCGCAGCUGGAGGCAUUGAUCAGUGACGCCAGGAAGUGUCGUGACGAAUGCCUCGCGGAGCUGAUGAAGAUGUUCCCUGGGCGUACGGUGGCUAUUGUUGGAGACAUCAACAAGUACCUCUAG